GAGAUGGAGGCCGCUCAGUUGGAGACCAUCAUCGAACGUACUGCCAUUCGAGCUGCCGAGAAAACUGAAGAGACGGUCCUAGUCCAAAUCAAGAAACUCGCUGUCACCGUCGCCAGGGACACGUGCCGCGAGAUGUCGACCGAGCUGGACACCCGCAUGGAAGAGCUGGGGAGCAACGCCUCCUUGUUCGGUGGCUCCACUGGCUCCACUGCUGGCAGCGUGCACGGCGGUGCUGGUGGUGGCUCUUUUGACUACGGUGGUGACAAUCGUAUGCGUCAUGUCGCUGGAAGUGUCGACAUCACAGGUUUUGUGGAAGAUUGGAAGGCUGCCAAGUUCUACAAUGCCGUGGGAACUUUGAAUCUGCCGAAAGUCCAGCUGAAGCCCGACUAUUCCAAGAUCGGAGCAUUGAGACAGCCCAGUGGAGAGUGGGUCAAGGACCCGACUGGGCAUGCGAAUCUUUUGGCUCAAGCCUUCAGCGACAAGUUCCAUUUACUUGAUCGGGAGUAUAACGAGUGUUCGCGUACUCGUUCUGUGGAGGCGACGUGGGACACGGGCCUGGCGGCGGCACUCAGCGCAGAGGGUGCCGAGUCCGUAUUGCGUGCUCUCCGGGAGGGCAGCGCCGCGGACCCGGAUUUGCUGCCGACGAGAAUC